UCCUUCCGGUGUGCGCGUGCGAGGGAGGGCGAAGGCGGCCGUGGUCGCGUGGGUUCGUGAGGAGAAUCGCGGCCUUCCCCCCCCACCUCGGCCCGCCGCCUCCCGCCGCCAAGAUGGUGAAGCCCCAGUACAAAGGCCGGAGCACCAUCAACCGCUCCAACGCCAGCACCAACCCCGAUCGGGUAAAGGGAGCCGGAGGCCAAAACAUGAGGGACCGGGCGACCAUCCGGCGCCUUAACAUGUAUCGGCAGAAAGAACGCAGAAACAACCGAGGAAAAGUGAUUAAACCUCUGCAGUUCCAGUCGACCGUCGCUUCCGGCACCGUGGCCAGGGUGGAGCCCAACAUCAAGUGGUUUGGAAACACGCGUGUGAUUAAGCAGUCGUCUCUGCAGAAAUUCCAAGAGGAAAUGGACACAGUUAUGAAGGACCCGUACAGAGUGGUAAUGAAGCAGAGCAAGUUGCCAAUGUCCCUUCUCCAUGACCGGAUCCGACCUCACAAUUCCAAAGUGCAUAUUCUUGACACCGAAACAUUUGAAACUACAUUUGGCCCCAAGUCGCAGAGGAAGAGACCUAAUAUAUCUGCGACUGACAUGCAGUCUCUGUUAGAGAACGCCGAAGCUUCCGCUGGGGCUUACGAUCAGGGGAAGGACCGGGACCUGGUAACCGAGGACUCUGGCGUCAGGAAUGAAGCCCAAGAGGAGAUCUAUAAGAAAGGACAGUCCAAACGGAUCUGGGGCGAGCUGUACAAGGUGAUCGAUUCUUCGGACGUUGUAGUCCAAGUCCUCGACGCCCGGGACCCGGUCGGUACUCGCUCCCCUCACAUCGAGGCCUACCUGAAGAAAGAGAAACCCUGGAAGCAUCUCAUCUUCGUCCUGAACAAGUGCGAUCUCGUCCCUACCUGGGCCACGAAACGCUGGGUCGCCGUCCUCUCCCAAGACUACCCGACCCUCGCCUUCCAUGCCAGCCUCACCAACCCCUUUGGCAAAGGAGCCUUCAUACAGCUGCUGCGGCAGUUCGGAAAGUUGCACACUGACAAGAAGCAGAUCAGCGUGGGGUUCAUCGGCUAUCCAAACGUUGGCAAGAGUUCCGUGAUAAACACCCUCCGCUCCAAGAAGGUCUGCAACGUGGCUCCCAUCGCAGGUGAAACGAAGGUCUGGCAGUAUAUCACCCUGAUGCGGCGGAUAUUCCUUAUUGACUGCCCGGGUGUGGUUUACCCUUCCGGAGACUCCGAAACUGACAUCGUGCUGAAAGGCGUCGUCCAAGUCGAAAAGAUCAAGAGUCCCGAGGACCACAUCGGUGCCGUGCUCGAAAGAGCCAAGCCAGAGUACAUCAGCAAGACGUACAAAAUCGACUCUUGGGACAACGCGGAGGACUUCCUGGAGAAGCUGGCCUUCAGGACCGGAAAGCUGUUGAAGGGAGAGAAGCCGGACGUGCAGACCGUGGGGAAGAUGGUCCUCAAUGACUGGCAGCGGGGACGCAUCCCCUUCUUCGUAAAGCCGCCCAACGCGGAGCCCCCCGCGGAGUCCCAGUUCCCGCCUUCUGCGGAAGCCGCCACCGCCCCCGGCCCGAACAGCCCGGAAGAGGGGAGCGGGGAUCCGGGAGCCCCCCGGGGAGAGGCUGCAGCGGCCCCGCAGGAGACGGCGGCGGAGGCCCAGCCCGACGAGGACUCGGAAAUGAGGCAGCUCCUGGCCCGGGUCCGGCAGAACUUCGGGAGGAUCAACGUCGGGCCGGAAUUCUCUGGCGAGGACCUGGUCCCCCUCGAGAUGCCGGAUUUCGACGACGAAUCCGACUUCGACGAGGAGGAGGCGGAGGAGGAGAAGGAAGAAGAGACGAAGGAGGAAGAGGAGGAUGGGGAAGGACAGCAGCCCCAGAGAAGCCUGGCUGAGCCCCCUGCGGCACCCCAUGCCGAAGAGACGGCAAUGGACAGCCAAGCGGUUCUCAAGGCUCUGGAUGAAAAGAUAGCUAAAUACCAGAAGUUCUUGAACAAAGCAAAAGCCAAAAAGUUUUCUGCAAUAAGAAUUCCCAAGGGGCUGAGUGAAAAGGUCUUCUCCAAAGCGGAGCCGAAGUCAAAGGAGCGGGACGACACUGAAGAUUCCAGUAAAGCGGCGGAGGGAUCGAAGCCUGGGAGGACCAAGCAGGGAAAGAAGAGAAGGGCUCCUGAGGCGGUAGAAGAGGAAGGGGAGGAAGAAGGAGACGAAAGGCGUAGGAAAAGACCUUGCAAGAAACUAACAUCCAAGGAACGGAGACGAGCAGCCCGGCAGGAGCGCCCCAAGAAAGUUGGGGUCCGCUAUUACGACUCCCACAACGUGAAAAAUAAGAACAGAGACAAGAAAUCGACUAAUGACUCAGAGGGGCGGAAACAAAACCGCAAGAAAUUCAAGCAUAAGUAACUUUUUUCUUUUAAAAAAAAAAAGUUGUUUAUUAAAUUAUACACAAAAUAUACCAUUGGAUAUGCU